AUGCUAGAGGAUACCAGGGGCCCUGGCCUUGGCUGCCGUGUGUACGUGGGUAACCUCUCCUGGGACGCCCAGUGGCAGGACCUGAAGGAUCACAUGCGAGGGCCCAACCAGAACCUCAAUGUUGUCCAUGCCGACAUCAUGUACGAGGCUGGUGGAAGGUCGAAAGGAUGUGCCAUCGUGGAGUAUGCCUCCCCGGAAGAUGCGCAGCGUGCCAUCGCCGAACUCAACGACACUGAGAUGAUGGGCCGUCUCAUUUUUGUCCGGGAGGACAGGGAGGGCUUCAAGGGAGGCAUGGGUACCGGUGGCCGCAGAGUGUAUGUGGGCAAUCUGUCAUGGGAGUGCAAGUGGCAAGACCUGAAGGAUCACAUGCGGACAGCAGGCAACGUGCUCCAUGCCGACGUGAUGACAGGUCCCGACGGAAGGUCCAAGGGUUGCGGCCUUGUCGAGUUCUCUUCCCCUGAGGAGGCGGUGCGUGCCAUCCAGGAGUUGAACGAGACGGAGCUCAUGGGACGCAUGAUCUUCGUCCGCGAGGACAGAGAGAUGCGAUGAGCAUGACGAGAUCCCAGGGUCGAGACAAGUCGCAUGUGACAGGGGCGUAUACUGACCUGUCUCGCGUGUGAUUUGUUCUCGUUGCCGUCGGUACCGCAAACGUGAGGCAUCGCUCUAAGGUGUUCGAGCUGCCUGUGGAGCUGCUGGGAUGUGGGAAUCUUGUUAGUUGGGUGCUGUACAUUUUCAGGUUCUUGCUCAUCUUAGUUUUCGAAGGGUUUGUUUGAGUAGAGUUGCGCUUUUGUGGUGAAUGGAAGAAUGAUUUCU